GGAUUUUGUGGUCCAUAGAUUGAGUCAGUAAGUUGUGUCAGUCAGGGGGUAGAAGUCUAAGUGGUGAGGAGUGGAACUAAUAUCUAGUUAUGCACCUGACACCAUGGUGGACACCCGUAGUGGGAAGAGCACUACCCCUUAUACCCAGGCUCAAGAGGAGCAAUUGGCCGCCAUUUUAGAAGAGAGAAAAGAGAAGGAGCUCCUUAAGCAGGCGAAGUUAAAGGCAACCGCAGAGGAGCAGGCGGCGAAGAAAAAGAAGUUGGAGGAGGAGAUGAUGAGGUUACAAAAGGAGGAGGAAGAGAAAAGGAGAGUUGCCGAAGAAGAAGCAGCAGAGGAGGAGGAAGCAUUGGAAGGACUCCUCAGAAGGCGUACAGGAGAGAGAGGACAGAGUAGUGGCACGAAGGAAGAAGAUUUGUGGAUGGAGAAGAAGAUAUCCGAAUGGGUGGCUAAUGUGUCACUGGGAGAAGGCGAAGAGGCAAUGUUAUAUGUGCCUCAGGAGGAGAAAGGAGUAGCCAGGGAGCUGGAAGCUAUCGUGGACCCCCUGGAGAAAAAAGAUUGGAGUGGAAGUUGCGUCUGGCAAGGGAGAAGAAGAGGAGGGAGGCCGCCAACCGGAUGGCCAAGGAAGUGGAGAGAAUACAAUCGUGUAAGCAAGAAGUGUGAGCACAGCAAGAUAUUCCGGCCAAACUAGAUAAGAUCUUGAGUUAUCUCGAGAUUUUGGGAAAGGCCUGGACUGAG